AUGGCCAAACGAGCUGGUACACGGAUGCAAGCCUUGGUAACCGUGGCAGGGACGGUCGCAUUCGUCGGAGCAUGUUCAGCCAUACCUCGACUCUCGGUUACCCGGACGGAAGACUCGACUAUCAUCAAAUAUGAUCAUCUCAAGCCCAAGAUUCACGUCCCAGCUCCAGCCGAUCCAGGCUUAGUCAUCACAUCUGGACCCAAACAACCAUCGUCCUCACCAUCUUCAACUGCAGGCCAUCGCAAGCCAUUCUCCGACACCGACUGGAUCCUCGAUACCGGGGCUACUACACAUGUCUGCACCAACCGCGCCCUGCUACACAGUUACGACACCUUGAACCCCUACAGCAACAGUCUCAAUCCGCGCGCUGUGGGCUACUUCGGUCCCAACCCCGUGCCCAUCGUUGGAGCAGGCGACUGUACAUUGAACUUGCCCUCGAGAAUCACACAGAAGACCGGCGGGUCGGCGGACACCCCUGGCCUUCUUGUCAAUCGCAUGACGAUCAGACACGUCAUGCACAUACCAAGUGCUGGCGUCAACCUUAUCAGCUGGUCGCAGUUGAAGAGGGCGAAAGGACUGGACCUCAAUCUCGUGGAGGACGAGGAUGGUUCACUUUCCGUAAGAAAUCGCGGACAACUUCUGAUGCGGUUCGAGGCCAGAGAUGGUUUGUUCUUCCUGGUGCAGCUGCCACCGAAGUUGCCAGGUUCUUAUGGUGUGGAUGGUUGA